CAAAAAACCACGACACUUUUUACAAAGAAUAAUUAAAAUAGCAAAAAAACUAAAAGCAUGCAUAUCAAAGACAUUUUUCAAUGGAUUUUCCCCAUAUUUUGACAUCAUGUGACUUUUUAUUGAACACAGCACCACCAAUUUUUUUCGUAAUCUAUGAAUUAUAGAUAUUUCGCAUGAAGGUCAAUUUCCCGCUCUUUUACCUACUCAUUUUGUGAAAUUGAAAUUGCCUGGUUACAUCUACCCCAAAUGCUGUUUUCUGACCAAUUAUUAAUUCUUUUGAAAUAAUGAGAAUCUCAAUUUCUCUAGUAAAUCCAUAAAUAUAAUCCUAAAAGAUGUAGGAAAGAACUGGUAUUGCUACAUUUCGAUUAUUUUACACAGUUUUUAAUUUCCAGGUGGAAAUCCAAAUGACCAAAAUAAUUGAAAUAUCAAUAUUUUCGGGAAAAAUGAUUUUUAUUUUUAAAGUAUUAGGAUUUUAUUGACCAAUUCAUCUGUGGACAUACAUCCCCAUGGUAUCUAUGAAUGCUUAUGGGUUUUAUCCUCUGGAGUCUUAAAAUUAAUGAAAAAAAUCACAGUGUUUACAACCACCCCAGUUUACUACUGCCCCAGUUCCCCCUAUAUAAUAUUGAAAAGACCGGUCAACAUAGACUCUGACCAAACGUUCCAACUGGAAUUUAUUUAUAACGACUUUUGCGGUCACCAUCUGGGUCAUGUUAUUAAUGAUAGCUUGUGUUUUCCUCGUAUGAUCUGCCUGGACUUCGACGUCAUUCGAAGAUGUAACAUUAAUGAAUGAAUCAUGAAUUUCACUAUCAAUGCCCCCUCAAGUAAAAAUAAACAAAAAACCUUCACAUAUAAAUGAUAACGAGAAUCGCACAUCAAGCUGAAAAAUUCACGAAAAUUCUCCAGUUGUCUCUGACAUCCAAGGAAAUAAAGAUGCUUCGGAGUAAUUUUCUCACUUAUCAGUUGGGUAUUCUGCGCAAAAUCUCAAAGCGCUUCAUAAGUUGUGAGAAAUUUAGUGCUCCAUUGGGACGAUUGAAAGUCUGUGAAAGUGAUCAAGUGGUGUCAUUAGACUAUGGAAAUCGUCUUAUGCAUUUUCCAAUUGUCUGGUUAAGAGACAAUUGCCAGUGCUCUGAGUGCUUUCUUCCUCCCACUCAAAGUCGCGUCAUAAAUUGGUACCAGUUCAAUAUUAAUCCGAAAUUGCAGUCAAUUGUUUGGAAUGAUCAUCUGAAGAAAAUUUUCAUUAAAUGGGAGGAUAAUCAUGAGUCUAUAUUUGAGCUGAAUUGGUUGGAAAAGCGUGAUUUUGCACCAAGCAAUCAGGAAUAUCACCUUACUAAGAGAUAUCGUCCUGUAAAGAAACCUUGGAGAAAGGAUGAUUUCCCUAACAUUUUUCAUUCAUUUGAAUUCAAUGAUGUUGUCAAUACAAACGAAGGAUUGAAAAAUUGGCUUGAAGCUCUGGCUAUUAAUGGUGUUGCAAGGAUCACAAAUGCUCCAAAGGAUGAGCGCAUAUGUCGUCAAGUCGUUGAACGCGUUGGAUUUAUCAAGAAAACGCACUUUGGAGAAGAGUUCAUCGUUAAGCAUAAACCAGAUACAACAAAUGUAGCAUACCUUUCAUCGGAACUUCAAUUGCAUACAGACCUUCCUUAUUAUGAGUACAAAGCUGGUGUUAAUAUCUUACACUGUAUGGAACAGUCUCAAUCUGCAGGAGGAGCGAACCUUCUCACAGAUGGAUUGAGUGUUUCCCAGUUGAUGAGAGAAAAGCACCCAAAACAUUUUAAACUUCUCAAGACUGUUCCUGUGGACUGGACAGAUGUGGUAAUUGAGAAUGAUUCGAGAUUUCAUAAAAUUUACAGAUCUCCGGUGUUUGUUAUGAACGAAAAGGAUGAAUUUAUGAGGAUAAACCAUAGCAUCCCCCAACGAGGAAGUCACUUUACUAUCCCUCUUGAACUAGUAAAGCCAUGGUAUGAGGCUAAUGAGGUGUUUGUAAAGCUCAUUAGGGAAGAAGCUGCAGAAUUUAAGACUCAACCUGGUGAUAUUCUUACUUUUGACAAUAUCCGUCUUGUUCAUGGAAGAAGGGCAUACAAUGAUACAGCGACCAAUGUAAGAUACUUAGUUGGAUCAUAUCUCGAUUGGGAUGAAAUCUACGAUCGUCUGAGAGUACUGAAUGCUGAGCAAGAUACAUGAAUUUUAUCAGGAUUUUGCGAUUUUUUUAUUUUGGAUUUUUUAAAUCACAGAAAUAAAUUUUGUGAAACUCCUAA